AUGCAAUCUUUGCUACUAGAAAGGAAGCUAGGUGACAUUUCUCCACUUCAAUUCCACCGUCACAUUGUGGAUAACUACUACCACCGUCAACUAGCCCAAACUGCAAAAUACAACGUCUUUCCUAGAAAUUGCCACAAUGGGGCACUGGUCAACUCCCUUUCGUUGGAGAAACACGAAAAUAGGUUUUUGCUAAGCGGAUGUGCCGAUUCCAGCAUUAAGCUUUGGGAUUUAAACGAACAAGACGUGGUUCGUGUGGAGAAUCAAGUCGAUGCCAAUUUUAGCAAACAAAGUUUCCGCCACCACCCGCUGAAAUUCGACUUGUUUGAUUAUGACAAUCCAAUCUCGGUGUUUCGAGCUGUAGCCACGAUUCCCAAGAGACUGCAGCAUCAAUUUGGAGUGUCAACAAUCCAGUGGUGGCCAUUUGACACGGGGAUGUUUGUUACCUCAUCAUUUGAUCACACUGUGAAAAUAUGGGAUACUAAUGAACUAAUGCCGGUGCACAACUUCAAUGUCAAUAACCGGGUUUAUUCCAUCGACGUCAAUGGCAGGAAAUCGCUCAUUGCUACUGCUAGUGAUCAACCGUUUGUACGAAUAUUGGAUAUGAAAUCUACAUCUAGUGCCCACACGUUGAAAGGGCACAAGAACAAGACGCUUGUGGUAAAGUGGCAUCCCAUUAACGAGAAUCUCUUGGCCACCGGUGGUUAUGACGGAGAAGUUCGAAUUUGGGAUAUUAGAAGAAGUGAAAGUUUGCUUUGUCGCUUGGAUAUGUUGACGACCAAUGCCACUAUUGCUGGUGGAUCGGCAUCGGCGCCCUUGAUUCAAUCCUCGGUUAAAGCGCACCUGGCGCCCGUCAAUGGAUUGGUUUGGGAUGAACUGGGGACAAUCUUGUAUACAACAGGCAACGAUGACAAGAUCAGAGCAUGGGACAUGAUGAAUUCGACCUAUCCACCGCGGAACAAACUCGUCAAUUUCGGUGCCUUGACUCGCAACAAGUACCCGCAAACGAUACCAAUGUUGCUUAACCCCAAACAAGAAACCAGUUUCAACUAUCUAUUGUUCCCAUCUGAAAGUGGCGAGAUUCUCGUGUUCCGUGCUAUUGAUGGCAAGCUAGUGAACCGGCUAGCUAGAAGAAACACCAAGUCCAGUGCGAGAGUAAGUUCGAUGGUUAAUCGGGGCUGCUUUACGGGGAAGUACAUCUGUGGUACUGUUGAUGGAGAGAUUGUCAGUUGGGAACCGUUUGCUGAUGCAAUUGAUAUGGACGAAAUUGCUGAAAUUGGUGACGACGAUCAGACAAUGGAGGUUGAAGAGCUUUUGCUUCGGAGACAGACGUUGGCUCUCAAGGCUAAACAAUUGAUGCACUCGUUAGAGUGA